AUGCGUGUCUGCGUCAUUGGUGGUGGUGUCAGUGGUCUUCCCGCAAUUAAAGAAUGCCUUACCCAGGGUUUUGAAGUCGUUGCAUAUGAGCGUACAUCUGACAUUGGUGGACUAUGGAACUACCGUCCAGAAAUGAACGAGGGCGGUACAGUUAUGAAGUCAACUGUGGUGAAUACUUCGAAGGAGAUGAUGGCGUAUUCAGAUUUUCCGCCUCCAGCUCACUAUCCCAAUUUCGCUCACCAUUCGCUCAUUAUGGAAUAUCUGAGAGAAUAUGCUAAGAAAUUCGAUCUUUGCCAGUACAUUAAAUUUAAUACAAAUGUAGAUGAGGUAAUUCUGCGUUUCUUGAAAUUAAGUGGCAUGACCUCAGCAGUUGAAUUCUUCGAUUUCGCUAUAUUGUGCACUGGACACCACAGUUUUCCCUCUUAUCCCACUAUUGAAGGUAAUGAAAAAUUCAAAGGUCGCACAUUGCACGCACAUCAGUAUCGAGACUCUAGCGGAUUUGAGGAUAAAAAUGUGGUUAUUGUUGGUAUGGGCAAUUCAUCUCUUGAUAUUGCAGCCGAACUAGCAAGAGUUGCAAAAUCUGCAAGGGCAUGGAUUUUCAACCGAGUUUUUCAAGCUGGAAUGCCGUAUGAUGCAAAGUUGAUGACCCGCUUUUACUAUAAACUUAUGGAUAUCUUGCCUUGGACAAUUGUCAAUGAUUUUAUGGAGUAUCGUCUACAGCAACGUAUUGAUCACGAUUUAUAUGGUCUUCGACCGAAUCAUCGCUUUUUUCAGCAACACCCAACUCUAAGUGAUGAGCUACCAAAUCUUCUUUGUUCCGGACGAAUUGUUAUAACGGAAGAUGUGGACUGCUUUAACGAAACGAGCGUAGCUGUCAAAGGCGGAAAACAUUUUUCGGCUGAUAUCGUUAUAUAUGCUACUGGUUAUACGUUCAAAUUUCCUUUUCUUAAGCCUCAGUCCGCGAUUCCUAUAAAGGAACAUGAGGCAGAUCUAUAUAAAUACGUAUUUCCCUUGGAUUAUCCAACAUUAGCUGUUGUUGGUCUCGUUCAACCAAUUGGUAGCAUAGCACCUAUAAGCGAGAUGCAAGCCAGAUGGAUCGCAGCAGUAUUCCGUGGCCAAGUUAAACUUCCAAGUAAAGUUGAGAUGCAUGCUGACAUUGAACAGAAAAGAGCGGAACUUAGAAGGAGGUACUAUAAAAGUCCAAAGCAUACGAUACAAGUAGACUAUAUAAAGUAUAUGGAUGAAAUCGCUGAUCUUGUUGGAUGUAAACCGCAGCUAAAAAAAUAUUUUUUGACGGAUCCGAAAUUCUUCUUGCAAUUAUUUGUCGGUGCCAAUGCUCCAUACGUUUAUCGCUUGGAUGGUCCAGGAGCGUGGGAUGAAGCGAAAUUAACUAUCACUGAACUUCCAAAUCGUAUUAAAUUACCACUGAAGAAUCGCGAAUGUAAAGUGCGAAGGCAUAAAAGGCGCGGAAAAAUUGAUGAAUACUUCCGUUAUGGAUCAAUGAAAUGGCUUUCUGGUUGGACAUGUCUUAUUCUUACUACAGGACUAUGGACUUUCUGUUCUGGUCCAGCCGGUCUAUCAAUUUUGUCAUACUCUCUCUAUGUGCUCACAUUUUUAAUUCUUUUCUCUUUCAUGUUACUUUGGUUUGAUUUCCAAUAUGACAUGGCCACAAUAUUUUAA